AUGACUUCAACUUAGGUAAAAUUACAAUAGCUUGACUUGUAAAGAAAGGAUAUAGAAACAUAAAUUAGCGCAUUAAAUAAAGAAAUUAAGUAUUAUGAAGACAAAAAUUAUAACAAAAGUUUAGUUGAUGAAGAAGGUUUUCCAAGAGCUGAUUUAGAUUUUGGAGAAUUAAGCACAUACAAAAAUCUCAAAAGAAAAUUUAAUGAAUUAAACAAUGAUUAUAAAGGCUUAAUGGUAGAAAUAGAGAAAAGUUUAGGUGAUUUACAUGAAGAAUACAGAGAAAGUGGAUAAGCCUAAAGGGAUUUAGAAGAAUAUGAAAAGAAUAUGGAAAUAAUGAAAAAAACUGAAGCUGCUGAAAAAGCUAAAAAGGAAUAUGAUGAAGAUAUGAAAGAUGAAAAUUUAAAUGCAGAAAUAAAAAAAAAUAUUUUGAUUCCAUUUGCUUAUAUAAAUGAAGUAGUAGAUUAAUCUCCAGCAUUUUAAGCAGGUGUUAAACUAAACGAUUUAAUUGUUUCUUUUGGUCCUGUAAAUCAUUACAAUCACAAGGAAUUAUAAUUUUUGAUAGAAACUGUUAAAUCGAAUGUCAACAAAGAAAUUCCAGUCUAAGUAUUAAGAAAAAAUAAUAAAAUAUAAUAGUCUGAAUAAUUUUACUACAAGAAUGAAAAUUACGAACUAGUAAAUUUAACUCUCACUCCUCGUACAUGGAGCGGUCAGGGAGUCCUAGGGUGUCGCUUCAAAUUAGUUUGA